AAACAAAAAUAAGGAGACAUAUACAAAGGUAUUCAGAGUCCUUGUGGAAUUUUGUGCAGAAAAUAACAUAUGGUUUAAUCCUUCUAUGGCCCAGACGGAUUAUGAAAUCGCCACGAUUUCAGCUCUUAAGGAUGUAUUUCCAACCAUGUCCAUAAAAGGAUGUUAUUUUCACUACUCACAAGCUUUAUGGCGCAAAUGCCAAACAUUGGGGUUGUCGGGGUCAUACAUGGGACAUUCGGAUGUACAUAAAGUAGUCCGAAGAAUGAGCACCCUCCCAUUCUGUAGGGAGGAACAUGUAGCAUUGGUACGUGAUACUUGCUAUCAAAUGGCUGCCAAUGAUACCCUGCUCUCAAGCUUUAUGAUGUAUAUGGAUACAAUUUGGCUUGGGGAUAGACCACUAUUUCCUUAUACAUUAUGGUCAAGGUAUAGAGUAGCAGGACCUCGCACUAAUAAUCACUUAGAAGGGUUCCACCAUGCCCUUAACCAAAAAAUCUCUUACACUCACCCUAAUAUUUAUACAUUAUUAAAAAUUUUAAUAAAUUACCAAAAUAUAAAUGAUCUAAAGCUUAUUUAGAUAAGUAAUGGGUCAACUGUGAAUCGUAUUAAUUACGCAUAUGAAAUAAAGGAUUGGAAGAUUGCUAACUUAACCGAUAUUUAUGAAGGAACCGAAGAUGUUUUAACAUUUUUGGAUGAAAUUUCUAAAAUUGUUAAAUUAAAAUGUUAGAUUUAUAUUUUAUUUAUAAACAUUAUUCUCGGCAUAUAUAUCGCAAUUUGUUCAAUUAAAUAUUCUUAAUACGUAUACCUUUAUAAAU